GAGGACCGCGGUUGACAGGGAUUCGCUGACGAAGACGAGGACAGCGGGAGGUGAACGGAGUCCGACUCGUCACCUUCUCUCAGCUCGUCCAGAGCGUCUAGAGUCCCUGAAGAGACAGGAAAGACUUGAUCAAGCAGACGACUUCAAACAAGACGAAUAAAUAACGUUCAAGUGCAGCAGGCCACAGUGAGACAUCCACACAAGCCACUAAGACGGGAAGGAGGAAGAAGAGGCCAACGCAGGAGGAGGACGGAGAGGAGGAACAGGGACGAUGGAAGGAGGAGAGGAAAAGCAGCGGCGGCGGCGGCCCUCAAUCACCCCCAUCAGUCCGCCCGGCAGAACCACGGACAGGCAGUGUUCCCGCUCCAGAGGAUUCUCCCGAUCGUCCAUCUCCAGGGACCUCGAGGGAAACUCAGGGGAGCCCCAAGAUCUGAUGCUGGUCCCACUGGUCAGUUGGAAUCAUCAUCAUGUCCCGCCUGCAGCUGCUGCUGCCGCUCCACCCAGACGCCACAGAAUGUUCCGGAGAUGUUCCUGUUGUUCUGAAGAGGUCGGACAGUCUGCUGCCGCCUUCAUCGUGGCGCCAAUUCCCAAGAAGAAGAAGAAGAAGAUGUUCUGGCGCUCGGCUGUCUGCUGUGUCCACACAAGUGUGACAGUGGGAUAAGCUCACGUGUCCUCUGUUGGUACGAGUCGCUGUGACGCGCGGGCCAUCUUGUGACAGUCGCCACUCCGAGGACUUCUCAUUCCCAGGCUGCGAUGUCUCACCGACCGGAAGCGCGGAUUGAUUUCUCCACGGCAGGCACAGGCGGCUGAAAGGAGGAAAGAGGGAGAAGAAGAAGCAUCAGCAGACGCUUAUGGAAAAACGGUCAUCCAUCGAUCCGCACAGAGAGAGAGAGAGAGAGAGAGAGAGAGAGAGAGAGAGAGAGAGAGAGAGAGACCUCGGUUUCCAGCUGGAAGUGACGAGAGAUAAAGUGGAAUCCGGGAUUAUUCUGUCGGAUGUGGGCUCUACCUUCAAGGUCCCCACCUGCUGGGCACCGUGAUGGUGCGCCCUGCCCCAGCUGAGCCCCUCGCCGCCCCUUGAAGAAGCAGGAUGACAAGAUGGCACAGCUGCUUGUACCGCCCGGACCUGACAGCUUCCUCCCCUUCGUCCCCGAGUCGCUGGCCGCCAUCGAAAGGCGCAUCGCCGAGGAGGAGGCCCGGAGACCGCGGGCGGAGCGCCGCAGCGACGACGACGAUGAGAACGGGCCGAGGCCCAACAGCGACCUGGAGGCAGGGAAGUCGCUCCCCUUCAUCUACGGGGACACUCCCUCCCACCUGGUGUCCACCCCCCUGGAGGACCUGGACACUUACUACAGCAACCAGAAGACCUUCAUAGUAUUGAAUCGUGGGAAGACUAUCUUCCGUUUCAACGCCACUCCUGCCUUGUACAUCCUGAGCCCCUUCAACCCCUUCAGGAGGAUAGCUAUUAGAGUUUUAGUGCACUCGAUGUUCAGCAUGUUGAUCAUGUUCACCAUCCUGACCAACUGUGCUUUCAUGACCCUCAGUAAUCCGCCGGAGUGGGCCAAGAAUGUAGAGUACACAUUCACAGGGAUUUACACCUUUGAGUCCCUGAUAAAGAUCCUGGCCAGAGGCUUCUGUGUGGGGAAGUUCACUUUCCUCCGGGACCCGUGGAACUGGCUGGAUUUCAGUGUUAUCCUCAUGGCAUAUGUCACAGAGUUUGUGGACCUGGGCAAUGUCUCAGCACUGCGAACCUUCAGGGUUCUGCGAGCCCUGAAAACUAUAUCGGUCAUCCCAGGCCUGAAGACCAUCGUCGGCGCUCUGAUCCAGUCGGUGAAGAAGCUGUCGGACGUGAUGAUCCUCACCGUCUUCUGCCUCAGCGUCUUCGCCCUCAUCGGCCUGCAGCUCUUCAUGGGCAACCUGAGGCAGAAGUGCGUGCGUCUGCCGAUCGCCAGCAAUGCCACCAACGGCAGCAGCAACGCGACCAGCGACGACUUUGAGUUCCUCAACAACACGCUGAUGGAGAUCAACACCACGUUUGUGCAGAACGCCACCUUCAACUGGACGGAGUACAUCAGCGACGAGGAGAACUACUAUUACCUCCCCGGCCGCAGGGAUGCUCUGCUCUGUGGGAACGGCAGCGGCGCCGGGCUCUGCCCCGAGGGCUUCACAUGUGUCAAAGCGGGUCGUAAUCCAGAUUACGGCUACACCAGUUUCGACACCUUCAGCUGGGCCUUCCUCUCCCUAUUCCGACUCAUGACCCAGGACUACUGGGAAAACCUCUACCAGCAGACUCUGCGGGCUGCGGGGAAGCCCUACAUGAUCUUCUUCGUGCUGGUGAUCUUCCUGGGAUCCUUCUACUUGGUCAACCUGAUCCUGGCCGUGGUGGCCAUGGCCUACGACGAGCAGAACCAGGCGACCAUCGAGGAGGCCCAGCAGAAGGAGGAGGAGUUCCAGGCCAUGCUGGAGCAGCUGAAGAGGCAGCAGGAGGAGGCACAGGUUGCCGCGGCAGCGGCGGCCACGGAGAGCGGGGAGUACAGCGGCAGAGCGGGCCCCGCCUCUGAGUCGUCGUCGGGGACGUCGAAGCUGAGCUCGAAGAGCGCCAAGGAGCGACGCAACAGGCGCAAGAAGAGGAGGCAGAGGGAGGAGGAGGAGGAGAGGGGGGUGCGCAAGUUCCACAAGUCCGAGUCCGAGGACAGCAUCAAGAGAUCCAGCUUCCGCUUCUCCAUCGACGCCAACCGGCUGUCGUACGAGAAGAGAUGCUCCUCCCCCAACCAGUCUCUCCUCAGUAUCCGUGGAUCCCUGCUCUCGCCUCGCAGGAACAGCCGGACCAGCCUGUUCAGCUUCCGUGGCCGCGCGCGCGACAUGGGCUCCGAGAACGACUUCGCCGACGACGAGCACAGCACCUUCGAGGAGAGCGACAGUCGCCGGGGCUCCCUGUUCCUGCCGCGCCGCCUGGAGCGCCGCUGCAGCGCCGUCAGCCAGACAAGCCUGGGGGCGACGCGGGUCCUGCUGCCCGCCAACGGCAAGAUGCACUGCGCCGUCGACUGCAACGGCGUGGUGUCGUUGGUCGGUGGAACGUCUGUAACAACCUCGCCCGUAGGUCUCCUGCUGCCCGAGGGAACAACUACGGACACUGACCUGAAGAAGCGCCGUUCAGGCUUCCACCAGGAUUAUGUGGAUGAACCCAGGGGCCGGCAGCGAGCCAUGAGUGUGGCCAGUAUCCUCACCAACACCAUGGAAGAGCUCGAGGAGUCGAGACAGAAGUGCCCCCCCUGCUGGUACAGAUUUGCCAACACCUGUCUGAUCUGGGAUUGUUGUCCGGCGUGGCUGAAAAUCAAGGAGGUGGUCAACAUGGUGGUCAUGGACCCGUUCGUGGACCUGACCAUCACCAUCUGCAUCGUCCUCAACACACUCUUCAUGGCCAUGGAGCAUUACCCCAUGACCAAAGAAUUCGACACCGUCCUCUCAGUCGGGAACCUGGUGUUCACAGGCAUCUUCACAGCCGAGAUGUGCUUCAAGGUCAUAGCCCUGGAUCCCUACUACUACUUCCAGGAGGGGUGGAACAUCUUCGACGGCAUCAUCGUCAGCCUCAGUCUCAUGGAGCUUGGCUUGUCCAAAGUAGAAGGCCUGUCGGUGCUCAGGUCCUUCAGAUUGCUGAGGGUCUUCAAACUGGCCAAGUCGUGGCCCACUUUGAACAUGCUGAUCAAGAUCAUCGGGAACUCGGUGGGCGCUCUGGGCAACUUGACUCUGGUCCUGGCCAUCAUCGUCUUCAUCUUCGCCGUGGUCGGCAUGCAGCUGUUCGGCAAGAGCUACAAGGAGUGUGUGUGCAAGAUCUCCGACGAGUGCGAGCUGCCACGCUGGCACAUGCACGACUUCUUCCACUCGUUCCUCAUCGUGUUCCGGGUGCUGUGCGGCGAAUGGAUCGAGACCAUGUGGGACUGCAUGGAAGUGGCGGGACAGAGCAUGUGCCUGAUCGUCUUCAUGAUGGUCAUGGUCAUCGGAAACCUUGUGGUUCUAAACCUGUUCCUGGCUCUCCUCCUGAGCUCGUUCAGCGCUGACAACCUGGCAGCGACCGACGAAGACAGCGAGAUGAACAACUUGCAGGUGGCAGUGGGCCGCAUCCAGCGGGGCUUCGCGUUUCUCAAGGGCGCGGUGCGGCAGUUCCUCCGGAGCCUGUGCUUCAGCGGCGGCGGAAAGGGAUCUGGUCUGGCGGAGGAGAGCAAACCCCUGGAUGAGCUGCACAGCAACGGCAAAGGCAACUGCAUCUCCAACCACACCUCGGUGGAGAUCACCAAAGAGCCCAGCAGGGUGUACAUGACGGAGGGCAAUGGGCGGCCAGGGGGGCCCCUGGUGGUCGGGGUCAGGCCUGGCGGGGACUCACCGGUGAAGUAUCCCGUAGAGGAAUGUGACUACAUGUCGUUUAUUCAUAACCCCAGCCUGACAGUCACGGUGCCCAUCGCUGUGGGCGAGUCCGACUUCGAGAACCUCAACACGGAAGAUUUCAGCAGCGAUUCGUCGGACGUAGAAGGAAGUAAAGAGAAGCUCGACAUAGCAGAGCCCCAGCAUCUGAGCUCAUCGGAGGGCAGCACGGUUGAUAUUCGCCCCCCGGGAGACGGGGUUGACUCGGUGGAGCUCGAGCCAGAGGAGUCUAUGGACCCAGAGGCCUGCUUCACAGAGGGCUGUGUGAGCAGGUUCCAGUGCUGCCAGGUCAACGAGGAGGGCAACAAAUACAAGACCUGGUGGAAUCUCAGGAAGACCUGCUUCAUCAUAGUGGAGCACAACUGGUUUGAAUCCUUCAUCAUAUUCAUGAUCCUGCUCAGCAGUGGCGCGCUGGCGUUCGAGGACAUUUACAUCGAGCAGCGGCGGACGAUCAAAACGAUGCUGGAGUUCUCCGACAAGGUCUUUACUUACGUCUUCAUUCUGGAGAUGCUGCUGAAGUGGGUGGCGUACGGUUUCGUCAAGUACUUCACCAACGCCUGGUGCUGGCUGGACUUCCUCAUCGUAGACGUGUCCCUGGUCAGCCUCGUGGCCAACGCCAUGGGCUACUCUGAGAUCACCGCUAUCAAAUCUCUGAGGACUCUCCGAGCCCUGCGGCCCCUGAGGGCCCUGUCUCGGUUUGAGGGCAUGAGGGUUGUGGUGAACGCGCUGCUGGGCGCCAUCCCCUCCAUCAUGAACGUGCUGCUGGUCUGCCUCAUCUUCUGGCUCAUCUUCAGCAUCAUGGGCGUCAACCUGUUCGCAGGGAAGUACUACUACUGCGUCAACACCACCACGGACGAGAUCUUCCCGCUGCACGUCGUCAACAACAAGACGGACUGCCUGAACUUGGUGAACGACAGCGCCCGCUGGAAGAACUUCAAGAUCAACUUUGACAACGUCGGGGCCGGAUAUCUGGCUCUGUUGCAAGUGGCAACGUUUAAAGGUUGGAUGGACAUCAUGUAUGCAGCCGUCGACUCUCGAGACGUGGAGGACCAGCCGCAAUAUGAAGUGAACCUGUACAUGUACCUCUACUUUGUCAUCUUCAUCAUCUUUGGCUCCUUCUUCACCCUCAACCUGUUCAUCGGUGUCAUCAUCGACAACUUCAACCAGCAGAAGAAAAAGUUUGGAGGUCAGGACAUCUUCAUGACGGAGGAGCAGAAGAAAUACUACAACGCCAUGAAGAAGCUCGGUUCCAAGAAACCACAAAAACCUAUUCCUCGGCCAACUAAUGCAUUUCAAGCCUGCGUGUUUGACUGCAUCACAAAGCAGGCGUUCGACAUCGUCAUCAUGAUCCUGAUCUGCCUCAACAUGGUGACCAUGAUGGUGGAGACGGACGACCAGACGCCCGACAUGGACAUCAUCCUCUACUGGAUCAACAUGGUCUUCAUCGUGCUCUUCACCGGCGAGUGUGUGCUCAAGAUGAUCUCCCUGCGUCACUAUUAUUUCACCAUUGGCUGGAACAUAUUUGACUUUGUGGUGGUGAUCCUGUCCAUCGUAGGUAUGUUUUUAUCUGAAGUUAUCGAGAAAUACUUUGUGUCCCCAACGCUGUUCCGAGUGAUCCGUCUGGCCAGGAUCGGCCGCAUCCUCCGUCUCAUCAAAGGUGCCAAGGGCAUCCGGACGCUUCUCUUUGCCUUGAUGAUGUCGCUUCCUGCCCUGUUCAACAUCGGCCUCCUUCUCUUUCUUGUCAUGUUCAUCUACGCCAUCUUUGGCAUGUCCAACUUUGCCUACGUGAAGCGCGAGGCAGGAAUCAAUGACAUGUUCAAUUUCGAGACCUUCGGGAACAGUAUGAUCUGUUUGUUUCAGAUCACCACCUCAGCCGGGUGGGACAGCCUGCUGGCGCCCAUACUGAACAAGAGGGAGCCUGACUGUGACAGUCAGAUGGAGCACCCGGGCAACUACUACAAGGGCAACUGUGGCAACCCGUCAGUGGGCAUCUUCUUCUUUGUCAGCUACAUCAUUAUCUGCUUCCUCAUUGUGGUCAACAUGUACAUUGCCGUCAUCCUGGAAAACUUCAGCGUGGCCACGGAGGAGAGCGCCGAGCCCCUGAGCGAAGACGACUUUGAGAUGUUCUACGAAGUGUGGGAGCGCUUUGACCCCGAUGCCACGCAGUUCAUGGAGUACAGCAAGCUUUCUGACUUUGCAGAUGCUCUAGAUCCACCGCUGCGCAUGCCCAAGCCUAACAUGAUCCACCUCGUCUCCAUGGAUCUGCCGAUGGUAAGUGGCGAGCGCAUCCAUUGCCUUGACAUCCUGUUUGCCUUCACCAAGCGAGUGUUGGGUGAGGGCGGCGAGAUGGACGUGUUACGUGGGCAGAUGGAGGAGCGCUUCAUGGCCUCGAACCCCUCCAAGGUGUCCUACGAGCCCAUCACCACCACCCUCCGCCGCAAACAAGAGGACAUGUCGGCCGUGAUUAUCCAGAGAGCCUUCCGCCGCUACAUGAUGCGCCUGGCCAUGAAGAAGGCCUCCACCCUCUACAAGGAGCGGCUGAAGGAAGGAAUCCGCGACCCCGACAAGGACGUGAUGGUCAUCAGCAAGUUCACCGAGAACUCCACCUCGGAGAAAACGGACAUGACCCCGUCCACGGCGUCCCCGCCCUCCUACAACAGUGUGACGAAAUCAGACAAGGACAAAUACGAGAAGGAGAAUAUUGAAAAGGAAAACAAAGGGAAAGACUUGAAAGAACAAAAGAAAUAAGACUUUUUGUAAAGGAACAAAACAUGAAACCAGAGACACUUGUUUACAGCUUCUAAAGGCGGGUGGGUAGAUAGGUGUGUAAGCUUGUGUGUUGAUUGUUAGGAGCUGAGAACUGCUAUGUCAGGUAGGCCUAAAGGAGUGCGAUUAUGUCAUAGAUGAAUUCAUUUGGUCUUCUCAGAGGGGAAUCAUGGAAACUAAUUAUCCAGCAGACACUGCCAGAGUUGAGGGGAACACGGAGAAAAGCCUCUGCUAAACGCUUGUGAUUUUCCUAUUGGUUGUUGUUACUAUCUGACACACUUGAGUGUACUGUUAAGUUGUCUGUAGCUAGUGCUGCUGCUACUAAUAUAAAUCCAGUGUCUUGAAUUUAACAAUCGCUGUAUCACUUAACAAGUACUCUGCAUUAUUAUUAUUAUGAUUUCUUUCUUUUUUUAUAGUUUUUCCCUCCUUUUUUUAUGAGAAAGAAUGUUUUCUACUUCUUUGCGUCGUCAUCGUGCGAAUGUGUCCACAGCUUUCACUGUCGUCAAAUCACCAAGGGCCGAAAGGGUCGAUGCUGGAAACUGCAACCACCGUCUGAGGUGUCAGUGUUGAGCUUCUGUCUGGACGACCACCUCCCCAUGUCAACAGAAAAACACAAGUCUCUAGAUCCAGAGAAGCUGAAUGUAUGCAGGCAGAAGGAAUGAGGUACAUUUAAAGGAAACGUUUGACAUCCAGGAAAACACGCUCGUUUCAUUCUUGAAAGAGUGAGAUGAGAACCAGUCGACCAUUAGCAUAGUUAGUCAACGCACAAACACGAGGAUGGUAUUAAUCUUCUCAUCCCACUCUUCGCGACAAAGUAAAUUAGCGUUUUUCCUAAUAUGUCAAAAUGAAUUCCUUGAGGUGACACUCGCACGUGAUCGUUCAUCCUCUGUCGUAUCGCAGCGCCUCGUCGGACUGAUCCGUUGUCCUCCACUCGACCCUCCAUCCCAACUCCUCCUCUUAUCUUAAGUAAUAAAAAUACACCAGUCGGUUUUUCUAACUGCUCCUAGCGUGAAAUCACAUUUAACGGUUGAAAUAUCACAAGAUAGUUUGUAUGACAUCCAUGUCGUCUGAAGUGAGGAGCGAGUGGUUUUAAUGUAGUGCUUUGGUUUGUAAAUAAUAUCGCUAUUUGGGCCCACAGUAUGUAUCACACUUACAUUUUACGUAAGAGCACUUUUUAAUCCCCACUGCUAUGUAAUACCACGUGUGGCGGUCGUACGUGUAAGUGUGUGUGUGUGUGGGUGAGUGUCUUUGUGUACUUUUUUGUAAGAGACUGUCAGAAUGUAAGCGUCUCUCUUUAUGUGAACGAGUGUGUUUGUGUGCAACUGGGGUCGUACUGAUAUAAAUAACAUUUUUACUGUAGAUAGGAGUCCAUUUUUCCAGUCUUUGGAUUUGAUUUACUUUUUUUCUAGAAGUUUUUUUUCUUUUUCUUUUCUCCUUUCUGCACUGUAACACAAACACAUGUAUGUUCCCCACAUCUGUAGAUACGAACCAUGAAGCCACCAGUAGCCAUCUCUCAUUGCGCUUGUAGUGUUUUAGUGAACUGCAUGCAAGAAGUGACUACUGUCCGCUCAUAUGGUAAUAUCAUUUAAAGCCAAAAGAAUAAACAACAUAUUUUUUGUAAAUGCUUGUUUAUUUUCUCAGUUUCCUUUGCGGCCUUUUCUUUGUUCAAUGUUUUUUUUAUCUUUGGUCGGGUCCGGAUCGUUCAUGUGGUUCAAAUACAUGUUACACACAAAAAAAACCAACUAUGUAUCAAUUUACAAUGUGACGAGUGACUUCUUCCUCUUUUGUUAUAACCAAAGAUGUGGCGAGAAAACACAAAAUCUAGAUUUCCAAAAUAAAAUAUUUUGGGAAGCGUA